CUAGCAGUCCACACCUGUGUGUAAACCCCAUCCAAGCAGAGAGCAGCGGACCACAGGCUUCAUAAUGGGCAACUGUUGCGCGUAUCUGGGCCCACAAAAGAACACCAAUGUCCGGGUUAGCCUUCCCGCUGUGUGCUUCGUCUGGCAAAUUGCUAUGAUCGUCUUGUUUGGUGUUUUCAUACGCUAUGAUGAGGAGUCAGACACUCACUGGGUGGAGCACAAAAAAAAUCACAACAUCUCGAGUGACAUUGAAAAUGAUUUCUACUUCAGAUACCCAAGUUUCCAAGAUGUCCAUGUCAUGAUCUUUGUUGGAUUUGGUUUCCUUAUGACUUUCCUGAAACGCUACAGUUUUGGAGGUGUGGGCUUCAACUUCCUGAUUGCAUCAUUUGGUCUCCAGUGGGCUCUUCUCAUGCAGGGCUGGUUCCAUUCUCUUGACCACACCACCGGGAAAAUCUACAUUGGUAUUGAGAGUUUGAUCAAUGCUGAUUUCUGCUGUGCUGGCUCUCUGAUUGCCUAUGGCGCGCUCCUGGGUAAAGUUAGCCCUGUGCAGUUGAUGGUGGUGACUUUGUUUGGUGUUACACUAUUCGCUGUGGAAGAAUACAUCAUUCUCGAUCUGCUUCAUUGCCGUGAUUCUGGUGGAUCAAUGGUCAUCCAUGCUUUUGGCGGUUACUAUGGUCUGGCCAUCUCCUGGGUCCUGUAUCGUCCAAACUUGCACCAAAGCAAGCAGCUCAUUGGUUCUGUCUACCACUCUGAUGUGUUUGCUAUGAUUGGGACCCUGUUCUUGUGGAUGUUCUGGCCCAGUUUCAACUCUGCCAUCACAGACCAUGGUGAUGGACAGCACAGAACAGCCAUAAAUACCUACCUGGCCCUGGCUUCAUGUGUACUCACCACAGUUGCCCUCUCCAGUAUGUCUCAAAAGAAAGGCAAGCUGGACAUGGUGCACAUCCAGAAUGCCACACUCGCUGGUGGUGUAGCCAUGGGAACAGCAGCUGAGUUCAUGAUUACUCCCUAUGGUGCUCUGAUUGUCGGCUUUUGCUGUGGCAUCAUAUCCACAUUUGGGUACCUGUUUAUCACACCUUUCUUGGAGAAGUAUCUUAAGCUCCAGGACACUUGUGGAGUGCAUAAUUUGCAUGCAAUGCCAGGCAUGCUUGGUGGGUUUGUAGGGGCCAUUGUGGCUGCUGCUGCGAGUGAAAGUGUCUAUGGAAAAGAAGGGUUGAUCAACACUUUUGACUUUGAGGGCAAAUACGCAAAUAGAGGAGUCGGAACUCAAGGUGGAUUCCAGGCUGCAGGCACAUGUGUAGCCAUCGCUUUUGGGCUGGUUGGAGGAGCUAUUGUUGGUUUUAUCCUGAAGUUUCCAAUUUGGGGAGAUCCAGCUGACGACAACUGCUAUGAUGAUGAAGUCUAUUGGGAGGUUCCUGAGGAUGAAGAGACUAUCCCUCCUGUGUUGGAGUACAACAACCACAUGAUCCACAAGCACCAAGACAUAGCUGAGUCCAACUUCUCAGUGGAGCAAAGUUAAUCAAAAACUUAACUGACGUACUUUGAUAUACCUGUGUUUUAAAGAAUGAGCCGCUUUGAACAAUAUGUGAAUGAAAAUAUUAAUAAGCAACUUAAUGUUAAUCUGUGAGCUCAAUACAGUGUGCCAUACAAUGGGCACUAUGUUUAUGAGUAACUGUAUUUAAAAGGAUAGUGGAAAAUGUUCCUUUGUGUUUAUUCCAGUGAAUUGCUCUUAUGUACUAGGGUCACAGAUGUGUGCUUGCUAUAAAGGUUGUGUAUUUAAGUAUUACUAUGUCCUUUUACUGCCAAAUGUGACUUUAUUUUAAUGUAAGAUUAUAUGUAUUUUAUUUGUACAUAUGAGUGUGUUUUUUUUGAAAGGUUGAAGUCAAAUAACAAUGACACAAUUCACCAACUUGGUUAUUUCUGUGUGGUUGAAGUUAAGACUUGACUAAGAAAUUUUAUGAGGAAAAUGUCAUUUGAUUAAUAUAUUUUAAUGUGGAAUUUGUUUUGAAAUUGUGUUGAAUAAAAAUGACUGUAUAUUUUAAA